CCCUAACAUACAUAUCAAGCGAAUACGAUAAAACUCCACCAGCAGCCAAAACCCGAACCCAAUCGAGCCGGAAACUAACCUUAAGCUACCGGAAACGAUCAAAAUCGGUAAAGUGAUAACCUUCCAAGGUUUAGAGGCGACGUCGUCGGCUUUACACGAAGAUUAUGAUUUCAAGGAUUUAAAAGCCACCGUGAGAUGCGAAGACCCAAACGCGGAUCUCUAUACGUUCGUCGGCACUUUACAUUUGGAAGAACAGAGAUUUCCAUUGUCGAUUCAACAGCUUCUUCUUCGAGAUUCCAAGCUUAGAAACACAGAGUAUGUUUACGGAGCUGUUGUCUUCACUGGACACGACACAAAGGUGAUUCGAAAUUCAACCGAUCAUCCGUCGAAGAGAAGUAGAAUCGAGAGAAAAAUGGACAAAAUCAUCUACAUGACUAUCGAGACAGGAGAGGAUAUAGAGAGAAACAGACGAUGGUACUUAAAACCAGAAGAUGCAGAGAUCUUCUUUGAUCCAGAAAGAGCUCCAAUGGCUGCCAUUUACCAUGUCUUCACAGCGGUCAUGCUCUACAGUUACUUCAUCCCUAUCUUGCUUUACGUCUCUAUCGAAAUCGUGAAAGUUCUUCAGAAUAAACCCGCGCACGCAAGAAUGUCUAAUCUCAACAAAGAGCUCGGGAUGGUCGACACGAUUCUAUCCAAUAAAACCGGAACCUUGACCUGCAACUCCAUGAAGUUUAUUAAGUGUUCUAUCGCGGGGACUGCUUAUGGACGCGGUAUAACCGAAAGC